UGCUCUAUAUACAUCAUCACUAGCUCCUAGUACACACAGCAUCAUCUUGCUGUAUAUACAUCAUCACUAGCUCCUAGUACACACAGCAUCAUCCUGCUGUAUAUACAUCAUCACUAGCUCCUGGUACACACAGCAUCAUCCUGCUCUAUAUACAUCAUCACUAGCUCCUAGUACACACAGCAUCAUCUUGCUGUAUAUACAUCAUCACUAGCUCCUAGUACACACAGCAUCAUCCUGCUGUAUAUACAUCAUCACUAGCUCCUGGUACACACAGCAUCAUCCUGCUGUAUAUACAUCAUCACUAGCUCCUAGUUUACACUACAUCAUCCUGCUGUAUAUACAUCAUCACUAGCUCCUAGUACACACAGCAUCAUCUUGCUGUAUAUACAUCAUCACCAGCUCCUAGUUUACACUACAUCAUCCUGCUGUAUAUACAUCAUCACUAGCUCCUAGUACACACAGCAUCAUCCUGCUGUAUAUACAUCAUCACUAGCUCCUAGUACACACAGCAUCAUCCUGCUGUAUAUACAUCAUCACUAGCUCCUAGUACACACAUCAUCCUGCUGUAUAUACAUCAUCACUAGCUCCUAGUUUACACUACAUCAUCCUGCUGUAUAUACAUCAUCACUAGCUCCUAGUACACACAGCAUCAUCCUGCUGUAUAUACAUCAUCACUAGCUCCUAGUACACACAGCAUCAUCCUGCUGUAUAUACAUCAUCACUAGCUCCUAGUACACACAUCAUCCUGCUGUAUAUACAUCAUCACUAGCUCCUAGUGCACACAGCAUCAUCCUGCUGUAUAUACAUCAUCACUAGCUCCUAGUACACACAGCAUCAUCCUGCUGUAUAUACAUCAUCACUAGCUCCUAGUACACACUGCAUCAUGCUGUAUGUACAUCAUCACUAGCCCAUGCAUUACACUACUAGCCCAUAGACUACAACACUGAUCCUCAUACCCUUCCUCUUCUCCCUAUCAUCAGCCUCGUCUUGUAUCUGGCACCUCGUCCCUGUUCCCCGUCGCCACUCGCCUCAUCGCUGUGUUCAUUCUCACGCUGUCCUCGCAGCUCCGUGCAAUGCGCUACAGGAACGUCAAUGCCCGUGUGUUGGAGGAGCGGUGGCCCACUGCAGCGUGCGGCUCGAGCGAUGGAGGCGCUGUGCUCGGUGCCUGUCCACGUGAUGCGGGACAUCGCUCUGCUCAACUGCCUGGCUGAGGCGGCCAAGGACUUCGCCUUUCACAGGGGCAUCGCCAUGAGAACGCCCGAAAACCCCAACGAGUCGGAGCGUGUGCUGUUCGUGCCCUUCACCCUGUUCCCAUCGGUCGUCCCCACGGUGCUCUUCGAGCAGGCCAUGGAGGUGCAGCGCGACUUUAACCUGCUCAUAGACCGCGUGAGUCAGGACCACGCGUUUCUUCAGGAGACGUUGAAGAGCACGGUGGACUCGGAUGAAUUCUCGGCGAAUGUCUUCAGAAUUUUCCAGCGAUUGCUGGAUGAAAACAUCACAAAACCGGUCGUGCUGGGCCUCAACCGGUCGGACUACAUGUUCGACUUGCAUGCCGAUGGCGCGUCGUCGUCGCUGAAGCAGAUCGAGACGAACACGUUCGCCGCCAGUUUCGGAGGCUUGUCGUGCAGCACGCCGGACCUGCACAGGCAUGUGCUGAGGCUGCUGGGGAAACCCGGGGAAGGCGUGGAGGUCCCCAGCAAUAGCCCGGCCGAGGAGCUUGGCAGGGGCAUCGCGGUGGCCUGGGAGCUGUACGGCGAGCCCAAGGCCGCGGUGAUGUUCCUCGUGGAGACCGACUGCAGGAAUAUAUUUGACCAGCGUUGUGUGGAGUACGCCCUGUGGAAACGAGGCAUCAAGGUGCUGCGCAAGACAUUCGGGGACGUGACGAAGCAGGCGUCGCUUCUUCCCGAUCGCACCCUGCAUGUGAACGGGACGGAGAUCGCGGUGGUCUACUACCGAUCUGGUUACACGCCCAACAAUUACUCGGGACCUAAGGACUGGGAGGCGCGCGAGCUGCUGGACCGGUCGCGCGCCAUCACGUGCCCCGACAUCGCCACACACCUGGCCGGCACCAAGAAGGUGCAGCAGGUGCUGGCGCAGCCCGGCGUCGUAGAGCGCUUUGUGACGGACCCUGCGGCUGUGGCACGAAUCCGCAGCACCUUCGCCGGUCUCUACUCCCUCGACAUGAACGAGGAGGGCGACCGAACGGUGGCUUUGGCGAUGGCGGAUCCUCACCGCUUUGUGCUGAAGCCAGAACGUGAAGGUGGAGGGAAUAACAUUUUUGGAGACGACAUCACGGAGCUGCUGGGCAGGAUCGGGCACAGCCCGGAGCGCAAGGCGUACAUUCUCAUGGACAAGGUGCGCCCGCUGGCCGUGAGGAACGUGCUGGUGCGCUCAGGCUUCCCGCUGGCACCGCUCGACUGCGUGAGCGAGCUCGGCAUGUUCGGCAUCUACGUCAGGCAGGGCGGUGCGAUGGUGCUCAACGACUGCGGAGGCCACCUGCUGCGCACCAAGAGCCUGGAGCAUGCGGACGGCGGCGUGGCGGCCGGCGUGGCCGUGCUGGACAACCCGCGGCUCGUGUGAGCGUCCCGCGGACUCGCGCUGUGCUGUCUAUCGAUAUUGGCAGGGCGGUGCGAUGGUGCUCAACGACUGCGGAGGCCACCUGCUGCGCACCAAGAGCCUGGAGCAUGCGGACGGCGGCGUGGCGGCCGGCGUGGCCGUGCUGGACAACCCGCGGCUCGUGUGAGCGUCCCGCGGACUCGCGCUGUGCUGUCUAUCGAUAUUGGUGCGUACAGCGCUUGCCAUGUGCGCCUAACUAGUGGUAUGUAUCCAACUAGCUGUGCGUACUACGCUAACAAUGUGCACUUAACUCGUGGUGUGUACUUAAUUAGCCGUGCAUCCCACACUUACCAUGUGCGCUUAACUCGUGGUGUGUACCUAAUUAGCUAUGCGUACUACACUACCCAUGUGCACUACACUACCCAUGUGCACUUAAUUCGUGGUGUGUACCCAAAUUCUGUGGAUACUACACUCAAUUUAGAGGGCUUGAGCUCAUGUAAUUUUAAGUGGUUCACUUGGAAGUCCAUUAAUGAACCAUUCUCCAUUCAUUGACCGUUUGUUAAACACUGUCAACCAUGUGUUUGUACGCAGCCCCCUUUUGUCAAUCCACUGCUAGAUGAGGUCGUGGGGGCUGUUUGAUUAUGCUUCGCCACUCUUCAACUAUGUUUACUUCACUCAUAACUUGACGAUCUUAAUAAAUUCACAAGUUGCAGUGUCGUAGCCGAUGUUGAUUCCGGUCUUGGGGCUGAAAUAAAGGACUUGCGCAA